AAUGGCUUCCAAAAGCAGGCCGGAGCCAGCCGGGGGUCUCUUCGGCCGGGCAGUCCUGCGCCGACUGUUCCGCCGCUCGCAGCCCCCCCGCCGAGGAGUCCCUGGGACAUCGCCGCAGCCCGAGCCGGGGGUCUCUGGUCGCCCGUCCAGCAAGCCAGGUGAUGGACGACUCCGCUACGCGACGCCAGCGAUUCGUCGGCCAGGCUCUGCUGAUCCUGGGAGCUGUGCUGGUUUUCCUGCCGUGCGGAUCAAGUGACCGAGGUUACAGGUUCAUUGGAAGUCCAGUGGACGAUACCAUUACACUCCCGCCGCUGUCGAACGGCUGGCGGCCCGUGCUGUCGACGGCCAGCUGGCGGCAGUCCUCGCCGGCGCCGCAGCACCCGGUGCACGGCAGGCUGCAGCAGCACCUGCGCGCCUCGCAGGCCAGGAAGCGGGCCCAGGCGGCCGGCUCCAACAAGGUGGAGGUGUACGCCCCGGCGCCGCCCUCCAUCCUGGGCUCCUUCAGCCGCGUGGCCAAGCCCCGCGACAAGAAGAAGGUGACCCCCCCCCCCCCCCCCCCGAACCGCAGCGGCCCAGAGGGUCGCGGCUUGCAAUCCGUUCAGUUGCAGGGUAGCCCGUAGCGCACCCUAGAGCCGAAUACAGGCAAACAAAUCACGGCACUCAGUAAAAAAACACAAAAUUCAAAAAAAGUGACUUAGUUUUAGAGUUAUGGGCACUUUUCAAAAAUUUUUAAGAAACCCCACCCCGCAACAAAUUAUUAGAUUCUGUGAAUAUAAUUUUUUUUUGCUUUGCAAUCUAUAAUCACUCUACCAUUGGUAACAAUUCAAAAUAAAAAAAUUAAAAACUGGAAAUUAUCUCAAAUUUUUUUAAUCGGGUAAAUUUGACUGAUCAUAAAGUAAAAAAAAAAUACUUUGCUAACUUAGAUAGUUAUUUGAAAAGAUGACUUAUUAAAGAAAAUUAGCAAAGUUUUUUCUUCAGAGUGGAUAGCCAAAGUUAUACGAUUAAAAACUGUUGCCGCAAAAGUCAUGAAAAUAUAUUAUUUUUUUUUACCAAAAGCAUAGCGUGUUUGAUUUUAUUUUUAAUUCUUAUUAAUAGUGGCUGUUGGGAUUGCGUAGUAAAAAAAUUAAAGUUACAGUAUCUAAUAAUUUGGUGCAGGGUGGGGAUUUAAAAACCUUUGAGGAUACACCUAUAGCUCGAAAACGACACUUCAUGAAUUUUGGAUUUUGAUACAGAACCGCAAUUUACUGGCCUAUCAGAUGUUGUCGGCUUGACGUUGAGUUGUGGGACAUUUUGUAUGUAGGGCCAUGUAUUUUUCGCAAAAUGAUUUUCAGACCAGGUGUGUGUUAAAACUUUGUAGCAUUUGUCUGUGUUUCGUGGUUGGCUGGAUUUAUUCCAGAUUCAUGUCUACUGUCAGCACACCAAUCACAGCCAUCCAGUGCGGAAGUAAACGCGUCCUGAAUGGCCCGGCCAAACAUGGCAAUGGCUUCUCCUGCAGACGACCGCCAAUCACAAGAGAAAAAUUGCUUGCGCAGGCAUACUUUACUGCAGUUUAAUGAGUGAUCAGAAUUUUUUCUGUUAAAAAUAAAUUCCACUACCUGUAUAUAUAGUUGUUAUUAAUGCCGGCUAAGGCUUAACUAUAAUACAUGAAGUCUACGGAGAUGAUAUUCUAACAAUUGUAAAAAUUAUCAGUAAGGUAAUAGAUAGAUCACAGUAACUUCUGAAGAACACUGUUUCAGAAGAACUCUGUUUCCAGGAGAAAUUUAGUUAUAAUCUUGUUUAUUGAUGAUCAGAUGAAAACAUAUAUAUUUUGUUUAUCGCUUACAAAAUGCGCUUGUUUCCCGGGUAAUUCAGCAACAGAAUGUAUCAGUGAUUCUCCCGGGCACCACGUGCUUUACACAUACAAUAGUUUUAAAUUAAAGUUAAACUUGCUCUUUUACCAUACACAGCCUCAUUUCCCCAACACAUUUAUCAGGGAUGAAUCUGUAUAAACAUUCCUUUUAUUAGUUUUGUUUGCAUUCAGUGCCUUGUUGAUCAGUUGGACGAUUCCAGGCUAGAAGUCUUCAGAAGGUGUAAAAGAAUUCAGAAUUUUCUUUGCGUGCACUAAGAUAUAUUAUAAUAUAGAACUUUCUUAUUUUCAAUAUUUAGGGUCUGAUAAAGUUACCAGCUCAUUGUAAACAGGUGUAAGAUGCCAAAGCGUAACAUUACGUGUAAAAUUAAAAUUCUUGACGAUACCGUUGAUUCCAUGUAUUUAAAUUAAGUUUUGGUUUUCGGGUAGCCCGAUGAGGCAUGAAACUGAGGUGUGAAAGUGGAGAAUGGUGUUGUGUGCCUGGGCAGGUCGUGGAGCAAGAGGAGUUGCUGCCUCAGGGACGCAUCGUGUACUCCGCACGGCUGGUCCCUCCGCCCGUGCGGUCCCCGUCCUCGGAUGACUUCAACUCAGGAGAAGAGCGCCCGUACAACAAGGGGAACGAGUUCUCAGCACUGACGCCUCCCGCCGAGAGCUCCAGGACCUACUACAACCGACCCGGCACCGUGGAACACUUCCCCUCAGCGAACAACGACCCUUUCCCCAGCCAGCAGCAGAGCGGACUGCACGCCGCAAAGUACGAAGUUCCUCACUUCGAUGCGAAGAACUUCCACAGCUCCUUCCCCACUGCAGCAAAAGCACACAAGCACGGAAUCUAUCUGGCCCCGAGCCAAAACUUCCAGAGUCCUCAGCUUUCUGGCCCGCAGACAUUCAAGGCGCUCCCAGACACGGUUCAGUUUUUCAAGGACUUCUUCGAAAAGCACAAGGCUGCGUAUUCCGAAGCUUUGCUUUCCCAGCAGCAAUCAUUCUUGGAGGAACAAAAAA